UAGAACACAUCGGAUUAAUGAAGUUAAAUCAACAGAAGAAGCUGUGAUGUGCCGUUACGAACAAGAGCAAGCUCAAAAACGUACAACACGACCCAGAAAAGGAAGAUACAUACAUGAUGAUACUAAACUUAUAUUAGCAAAACAAAAAUAUAUUCAAAGUAAGGAUAUUGAUGCUUAUAAAACGGUUUUAAGAUCUAUUUCUCAUCGGUAUAUACGUGUUUUAAAAGAUUCUAAAGAUAGUAGUGAUGAAGAAUAA